AUGAUGUCAACAAUAUGUUCCGAAGAAGCGUGUCAGCUGUCGGUGACAGAGACAGAGAGCCAUUUAAGAACAGAUGCCGACAUGGGCCUGGAUCCGGAUGAAGCCAAUCGACGUAGAGCUGUGCAUGGCUACAAUGAGUUUGAAAUUACUAAAGAAGAACCUCUUUGGAGAAAGUAUUUGGGACAGUUUAACGAUCCACUGAUCCUGCUGCUCCUGGCCUCGGCGUUUAUCAGUAUAUUUAUGAAGCAGUUUGAUGAUGCCAUCAGCAUAACAGUGGCCAUCAUUAUAGUGGUGACUGUGGCAUUUGUUCAGGAAUACAGAUCUGAGAAGUCACUAGAAGCCCUGACAAAACUUGUCCCUCCGAAGUGUCACUGUCUGAGAGAAGGGAAGCUGGAGACAUUUCUAGCACGAGAUCUUGUGCCUGGAGAUGUAGUUUACCUUGCAAUGGGUGACCGAGUUCCUGCUGACAUCAGGCUAUUUGAGUCAAAUCAGUUAGCAAUAGAUGAGUCAAGUUUUACAGGAGAAAUUAUACCUCGAUCAAAGGUGACAAGUGCUCUACCAAAACAACAGCAUAUAGACAUCAAUGACAGAAAGAACAUCGCAUACAUGGGGACGCAAGUUCGGUGUGGACGAGGAAAGGGGUUUGUAAUAGGAAUUGGUGAAAGUUCUGAGUUUGGAGAAAUAUUCAAGAUGAUGCAAGAAGAAGAGUCACCCAAGACACCUCUACAAAAGAGUAUGGACAUCCUAGGAAAACAGCUGUCUUUUUACUCCUUCUGUAUAAUAGGGGGCAUCAUGUUUCUGGGCUGGAUCCAGGGACGGGGCCUACUGGACAUGUUUACCAUAGGGGUCAGUCUGGCAGUAGCUGCUAUCCCAGAGGGCCUGCCUAUUGUAGUGACAGUAACACUGGCAUUGGGUGUGAUGAGGAUGGCCAACAGAAAAGCCAUUGUGAAGAAACUGCCAAUCGUAGAAACUUUAGGAUGUACAAGUGUUGUUUGUUCUGACAAGACUGGCACAUUAACCAAGAAUGAAAUGACAGUGACUCAAAUAUACUCAUCAGAUGGGCUGAUAGCGGAGGUGACAGGUGUAGGCUACAAUGCUUCAGGAGAGGUGACAUGUCAGAGACAGGAAGUAAGAGAUAACUCUCAUCCCUCUCUGGUAAAGGUCAUAGAGGUCGGCUGCAUCUGUAAUGAUGCUGACAUAUGUGCUGAUGGAUUACACGGACAGCCAACUGAAGGUGCUCUUAUAGCAUGUGCAUGGAAGAUGAACAUUCAUAACAUCCGCGACCUGUAUACACGUCUGGAGGAGAAGCCCUUCGACUCUGAAACCAAGUGUAUGACUGUGAAGUGUACACCUCAGUAUGGAAAUAGUAAGGAGAUAAUUUACUUUGUGAAGGGAGCUAUCGAGAAAGUGCUGAGUAACUGUGUGAGAUACAACAGUGAGGGCUCCUGUCUUCCCAUUUCUGAUAAACAAAAGAUGGGAUAUAUAGAGCAGGCAACUAGGAUGGGCAGUGCAGGAUUGCGUGUACUGGCGAUGGCAUACGGUCCUGACCCUCAUAGUCUGGUGUUUGUGGGUAUGGUGGGGAUUAUUGACCCACCUCGUCCUGGAGUCAGGGAAUCUAUCUCCACACUCAUCAGUGGAGGAGUAUCCAUAAAGAUGGUGACUGGAGAUGCAGAAGAAACUGCCAAGGCAAUAGGUGCACGACUGGGAUUGUACGCCAUGGGAAACAGAACUUUGUCUGGUGACCAGGUAGAUAGUAUGGACACAGAAUCACUUAAAAACAUCAUGAACAACACAACAGUGUUUUAUAGAACAACGCCAAGACACAAAGUCAAAAUUGUAAAGGUCCUACAGUCUUUAGGACAUGUUGUGGGUAUGACUAGUGUUGAUAACAUUGUUCCAUGUCCAGGUCCUACAGUCUUGAGGACAUGUUGUUGCUCAUUUCCAAUAUACAUGGUGGAUGAUGACUUUUUCACAUUAUCUGCCAUUGAAGAAGGAAAAGCAAUAUUCUACAACAUUAGAAAUUUUGUCAGGUUUCAGCUUAGCACGAGUAUAGCAGCCCUAUCUCUGAUAGCAUUGUCUACCUUGAUGCAGCUACCCAACCCACUGAAUGCCAUGCAGAUUCUGUGGAUCAACAUAAUUAUGGAUGGCCCUCCAGCACAGAGUUUGGGUGUGGAGUCAGUGGACCAUGAUGUGAUACGACAACCCCCUCGUAAAGUCAAGGACCCCAUCAUCACUAGAAGUCUCAUAUGUAGUGUCCUCAUGUCAGCUACUAUCAUCGUCCUGGGGACACUAUGGGUGUUCUGGAGAGAGAUGAGUGACAACAAGAUCACACCAAGGGAUACCACAAUGACCUUCACCUGUUUUGUGUUCUUUGACAUGUUUAAUGCUCUCAGCUGUAGAUCUCAGGAGAAGUCAAUAUUUCAAAUUGGAAUUUUCUCCAAUAAAGUAUUUCUGGCAGCUGUGAUUGGUUCCAUCAUUGGUCAGCUCCUUGUCAUCUACUUCCCUCCACUACAAGCUGUGUUCCAGACUGAGGCUCUUUACUUUCAAGAUUUUGUGUUUCUAAUAUUCCUGACCUCUAGUGUAUUUAUAGCAAAUGAAAUUAAAAAAGCAAUAUACCGAGUAACAGAACGGAGGAAGAAACUACAGGCCUCAAGCAUGUAUUACCCUGACCACAUGGUGUGACACCAUAGCUAGUGUA